UGCUGGCAGGCAGUAGCGCGCCAGACCUGGCCCGGAGCGCACGUCGUGUCACACGGAUAAAAAUAAUAAACGCGAAUGAAAUGCGCGAUCUUAAACUCGUAGGGAAAUUUGACUUCGCUAGAUCUGUUUUGGAUGUAUUUUCAAAUCAUUUUGUAUUUACUACGUUAAUAUAAUUUGUAAAAUAUUUGUGUGUCAGUGGUGUGUGGACUGAGGGUUUGUUAUUUUGAUCGCGUAGUCUUGGGAUAUCCUUAAAAAGAUUAAUUUCAAAUUCUUCAACAUGGCUAUGAAAUUCAAGAGGCUCACAUUGCAUUUGAGAACAUUUUUAAUGAUAAUCUGGGCAGCGAGCGGCAGCGCGGGUUAUAACUGCCCAUACGGACAGAACUGCGUAUUCGAGCCGUCGCCACCAGGCCGGGCCCCGGCCUGCGCGCAGCCUGGUCUCACAUACUGCCUGCACCCCGACCCAUAUCCUGAAAAAGUGAUCCGCAAAUUGGUCGAAGCGGGUCAGUACGACAUCCGCACGCUGCUGUCCGACGAGAGCCGGGACGACUUCGACUCCAAGAAGAAGGGCGGGUACCCUUACGGGUACGGCCCCAACUCGCUGCCCCACGUCGACCAGAUAUCGCUGGUCGACGACGGACAGUUUAACAAGGACUACAACAAGUUUUACGGCAAAUUCAACCACGACGUCUACUCCGACAAGACACCAUUACAGCCACCAUCACCAUCAGACCCAGCACCUUACAACGUGAAGGCGUACCAGUCAUCAAACUUCACCAAGUUCGGCUUCCAAGGAUACCACACAUCACCCACAACAUUCUGGAAUCCAGCCAUUAACCAAUACGAAUACGACAACCGAAGAUUAAGGCAGAACAAUGGUGUUCCAAACAUUGAUAUAUACAAUCCUAACUAUUUUAACUCGCCGUUGUACCAGAAUUAUGAGUCAGAGUGGUUGAGACAGACGUCGAGUGGAGUGACCCAGUACAACCCUAAUGAGUGGUGGAAAUACAUAUCGCCGUCGCGCUCGGACGCCGACGUGACGAUACAGCGCUCGGUCACGUUCCCCACGCACACCAGCACGCUGCACAAGCGGCGUCGACGCAACGCCGCGCUGGUGGAGGAAGCUGCCAAGCGCACCCUCACUGGCGCAGAGGCACUGAGGAUAGCCUUGGGGCUGGCAAACGAAGACGAAUCAGCAGAGCGGCCCCGUCGGCAGGCGUCCACCAACACGGAGGAGCUGUGCCGGGUGCGCACGCAGUUCACCACGCCGCGCGCAGCACUCAACAACAAAGGCAGCUGGCGGUACGUCGUCAACAUGCCGGACGACAUGACGCAGCUGGUGCGAGUCGAGAUUUGCGCGUCAACGGAAUGCAGUAGACUGUGUUCAUUACCAAAUGGCUACACUUCCCGGUGUGAGCAGAAAUAUAUUCAAAAACGACUGGUAGCGCUGCAGUCGAACGGACAGAAUUUAUAUACAGAUGUUUUUUGGAUCCCAAGCUGUUGCCAAUGUACUGUAGUAAACAAUAAUUAAUAUUUUAAACUGC